CUAAAAUUAAAAAGUUGCGUACUAAAUUCAAACAACAUGCAUUGCUUAUACCCAUUUAUCAUCAUUACUUCCAUUACAUUGGCAACACCACUGUACACCUCAAGCUGGCAGCAUGCCUACAAAUGCGACUUAAAUGGCAUUGCGCCCCGUUGCUGCGUGGACGCCAGCAAAAUAGUACCCUUCUUAGAUAACACGGUCUGUCUAGUUGAGGACACAACCAUGGGUGAUCCGCAUCGCUACUCUAUUCUACUAGAUGAUUUCCCUGUUUGCACAGUCUAUCGUUCGGGUCCAUGCAUACAUGAUGCUGAAGUCUGUAUACUAAUGCGCUCGCGUGUCUACGUUUGUCAGACCUCAUUCACGAUUAUUUUCAAAAAUCGCGCCGCGGAAUGGUGCUUCUCCGCGUAUUUGAAAAUCUUCAAUAUCAAAAUGUAUAAAUAUCCCAAACUUUGCGGUUAUUUUGCUGAGCAUUAUUUUCUAAUGCCACGUGCCAUUGAGGAUUUAUUGAUCGAUUUGGGUUAUUAAAAUGUUAAGUUUAAUUCAAAAUUGAGUUAGGUGAAUAUUAAUAU